UGCUUUAUGCCGUAUAUAAUGCAAGUUUACGGCCGCAAACUCGUUCACAUCGGAUUAAAUUUCUUUGCUGCUCUCGGGUUUAGUUUGUUUGUGCUUGCAAACAACGUACCCUGUUUAUACGCAGCUAGAUUGAUGCAAGGAAUCCCAAUGUGUGAAGUGUUCAUUUCAGCGAUGAUGGUUGCAGAAUAUUCACAUCCAAAAAGACGAGGAUACUUUAUCACAAUCAAGAAAUGUUUGGUCGCAAUAGGAUCAUUAAUGUGUCACUCUUUGGCUUUGUGCUGGACAUGGAAACAGAUAGCUACUUUUGCGAUUAUACCAAAUGCUAUCGCAAUCAUGUUUACUUUUAUAUGGCCUGAAAGUCCGUCGUAUUUGGCCUUGAUUGGAAAGUAUGACGAAUGUGAAAAAUCCCAUAAAUGGCUUUAUGGAGACGGUCUUAAAAGCAAGAGAGAUUUAGAGCAAUUAGUUUCUUCUCAAAUGGAAAGUAGACAAGCAAUGGAUAAAAAUAAUUUUAACACUGCGGUCAGAAAACUCUUUAAAAAAGAUUUCGUGAAACCAUUUAUAAUUGUAUCUUUAUUAACACUUAUAACAGAUGCAAGUGGUCGAUACUAUAUGUUGGCUUAUGUUGUACAAAUUUUGACUGAAGUCACUAAAGACAAAUCAGUUGCGUUGUAUUGUACAAUAGGUUCUGAUGCUUUAACUUUUGUUGCUUUAAUGAUAUCGUGUUUUGUGAUCCGAUGUUGUAAGAGACGAACACUACUAUUUAUAUCUGGCACAAUAUGUGCAUCUUUGAUGUGUUUGACAAGUUUGAUAACAUUUUUGAAAUCUCAUUUUGAUAUUGGGGGAUCUGUCUAUUCGUGGUUGACUCCUUUAGUUAUUCUAUUGAAUGUUUUUAUUGUUAACGUGGGUGUUGUUCCGGUAUGUUUUGCGAUAAUGUGCGAAGUACUUCCCUUAGAGCAUAAAGGUACGGGGACAUGUACUACGGGAAUUGUUUUUACUCUUCUAUAUGCGCUUGUUAUGAAAUUAACUCCUGUUUUGAUGGAGAGGACAGGCGUUGAAGGCACUUUUGGCGUAUAUGCACUCCUCGUGGUUGUCGGAUUGUUGAUAUUAUAUUUUAUAUUAAACGAAACUAAGGAUAAGACUUUGCAAGAAAUAGAAAACGAAAUGAAAGGCGUUAAACAGUCCAACUUUAAUGAGUAUUAUUUAAAUGAGAAACCAUUAAUCGAGUAAUGGUGAAUUUUAGCAUAAUAUCUUUAGUUGUGAUAAUAGUUUGUCUACUUUUGGAAGUCUGUCUGGCUUUAGAUAUAGUGGUAAGGUAUACGGACAAGCGUUAGACAGUAAACAGUUGACAGAAAAUGCGCUAGUGUGUAAAACUGUAAGCACCACACAGGGGUGGGACAAUUCCAUACAUUAUGAGCAAUAUG